AUUUAUCUGACUGCCUUCACGAGUCUUGAGUCGCGCAGAUACUAUGGGAUUAUUGAAGCAAGUGUGAGAAGGUGCGACCGGAUCCGAGCACCGGAGCCGAGGAGACCCCAAACGUCAAAUCAUCUCACCUCAGUCCGGCUCCGACAGCUUCACCUUUGCUCACGUCGAACACCGUGUCAGAUUCCUGAGCUUAGGGGGCAUCUGCUCGCACAGCUAGAGUAUGUCCGAGUAUUAUGGCGGUCUCGUAACUGCGCAAUUCGCCGAGCACAAUCUGUCACUCAUUUCACCCAUUCAGGACGGCUCUAUCAUCCACGACAACGCAUGCGGCUCAGGCACCGUCAGCCGCCUAAUCCUCUCCUCCCCUCGCGCACCCAGCAACAUCAAGAUCCACGCAACAGACAUUGACCCACCCUUCCUCUCCGCGUUGCAAUACUCCGCAAAACAGCACACCUGGCCCAUCUCCGUCACCAACCAAAAAAGCGAGUCCCUCUCCUUCGCAGACAACACAUUCACGCACUCCCUCACCAACAUCGCCAUCUUCUUCACCACCAGCGCCGGCCUCGACGGCGCAAAGGAAAUCUACCGUACCCUCCAACCCGGCGGCACCGCCGUAGUGAACUGCUGGGCGCACGUAACUUGGCUCUUCCCCGUGCGCGCCGUGCACGAGACCAUUCGACCGGGCAAAGUCUUCCCAACACCCGUGGUCGCAUGGCACGAUGGUCAGCAUAUUCAAGCAGUGAUGCAGGAAGCGGGGUUCAAGGAAGAGGAUAUGAGGAUUGAGAGGAGCGAUGCGUGGGCGGUGGUGAAGCGGACCUGGGACGGUGGUGGAGGGGGAUGA